AUGUUUGCUAUUGGCACUGUGGUGUUUGCCCUCGUUGGUUUCUCCUACGUUGUGGGCAGCAUCUCGGGUUCGUUGGCGCAGCUACGAGGCAUGACAGAGAAUCGAGCCCGACAAUUUUGGGAGUUACGGCGGCACCUGCGGAAGAACCAUGUUUCCAUCACAUUGUCAGCGCGCAUCCAGAAGUAUGCGGAGCAUGUUCUCGAAAGCCAGGAAGACAACGUGCCUGCCAAAGACGUGAAACUCUUGUCCCUCCUGUCGGAGCAGCUCAGGAGCGAACUCGAAUGCGAGAUUUGCAUGCCGCACUUUUCGGUCCAUCCACUCUUUGCGAGACUUUGCGUUGUCUCGCGUGUUACAAUACACCGAUUGGCGAACAAUGCGAUUUACAACAAGCUCUUGGCACGAACUGAUACCCUUUUCAUUCCUGGGGAGACUGCAACCCACAUGUACAUCGUCGUGGCUGGGAGGCUUGUCUACAGCCGCUUCGAUUCCAAGAACGACGAGCACAAGGAGCUUGUGGACAAAGGUGAGGACUGGAUCUCGGAGCCGGUGUUGUGGACUUCGACGUGGGUUCAUUUGGGUUUGCUGACAGCUCUGACGGAGUGCGCUCUCAUGGUCCUGGACCCGGUCCAAUUCGGUCGGAUUGUAAACUUGAAUCCAGACGCAAACAUGCUCGCGACUACGUACGUGAAAAACUUCAUAGCGUGGAUCAACUCCGUUGAGAGGGACAGUCUUUCUGACAUUUGGCAGGGUGAGAACGUGUCCCCACGUGUGGCGAGCUUCAUGGAGCUGGACGAGAACCAGUUCAGAAAUGCAAAGAGUUUGGCGGCUAAGCUCAUGAAUUGGCAGGUAUGA